CACCUCGCCAACCUCACUGUACGCAGCCCAUAUCUCUCUUCCUCUCUCAGACAUGGCUCUCUGGAACAAGACCAUGCUUUUCUCCAUCUUCUUCACCUUCUUUUCCCUCUCAACCCAACAACACCAAAAUGAUUCAUUUUCUCAGUCUUUCCCUCUCAUUUCAGUUUCUCUCCGCCCAAACACCUCCACAGCUCUCAACCCUUCCCUCGUUUCGCAGCCCGGGCGAAACCCAAAACUCAGGACCCCAUCGUAUAACUACAAAACGACGUUCACGUAUUCGAUGGCUCUGGUCGUUUCGCUCCCCAUAGGGACGCCACCACAGACCCAAGAGAUGGUGUUGGACACUGGCAGCCAACUCUCGUGGAUUCAGUGCCACAAGAAGGCCCCAAGGAAGCCCCCUCCCACGGCAUCGUUUGACCCCUCUCUUUCCUCUUCUUUCUCUGUUCUCCCUUGUAACCACCCUAUUUGCAAGCCCCGAAUUCCCGAUUUUACCCUCCCAACGUCCUGCGACCAAAACCGUCUCUGCCACUACUCUUACUUCUACGCGGACGGGACCUUUGCCGAGGGCAAUCUCGUCCAAGAAAAAUUCUCUUUUUCCCGUUCCCUUGUUACCCCGCCUUUGACCCUCGGCUGUUCCCAGGAUUCCAGCGAGACCAAGGGUAUUUUGGGAAUGAACAUCGGACGCUUGUCGUUUGCUUCCCAGGCUAAAAUCUCAAAAUUCUCUUACUGCGUACCCACCCGCCUGACUCGAACCGGGUCCUUUCCAACCGGGUCUUUCUACCUCGGCAACAACCCGAGUUCGCGAGGGUUCCGGUACGUGGACCUCUUGAAUUUUCCUCGGAACCAGCGCAUGCCAAACCUUGACCCUCUGGCGUACAGCGUUGCGAUGCAAGGGAUAAGAAUUGGCGGGAAAAGGCUGAACAUCCCGCCGUCCGUUUUUCGACCCGACGCUAGCGGGUCGGGUCAGACCAUGAUCGACUCGGGAUCCGACUUCACGUACUUGGUGGAGGAGGCGUAUAAUAAGGUGAGGGAGGAGGUAGUGAGACUGGUGGGCCCGAAGCUAAAAAAAGGUUACGUUUACGGAGGGGUGUCAGAUAUGUGUUUUGAUGGCGGCGAAACGAUGGAGAUCGGACGGCUGGUAGGGGACAUGGUGUUUGAGUUUGGCAAGGGGGUGGAGAUUGUGGUGGAAAAAGAGCGGAUUUUAGCUGACGUGGGAGGUGGGGUCCGGUGCAUCGGCAUCGGACGGUCAGAUAGGCUAGGGGCCGCGAGCAGUAUAAUCGGGAAUUUUCAUCAGCAAAAUCUAUGGGUGGAGUUUGAUCUUGCCAAUCGUAGAGUUGGGUUUGGUAAGGCUGACUGUAGCAGAUCAGUGUAGUGGGACGUGUAAUUUCAUGGGGCAGAGUGUGUAUUAAUUAAUGUGUAGCACUGUACAAAAAAAUAUCAGUGUGGGGUCAUCUUUUGGGAUGAUCUUAUCGGACGGUCUAUAUCAAAUGAACCUACUAGAACAAGUAAAGGAAAAAAAAAAAAAAAAAUCAACUAAGGCCAGGGACCAGGACCAGGGUGAUACAGUGAUGUGAAGUCAACGGUACUUAGGGCCCCUCCAAGUGUUGUAUUAUAAAAUCGAGAGUAAUGUAUAUAUGAGGAUGUGAAGUAUGUUAGAUAAAUUGGGUGAGAUAUUUCCUUUU